AUGGCCGCUGUGAAUGAAGCCCCAAAUGAGUUUGCCAACCAACGGAAGAGGGUCGAACAGGCAAUUUUGGAGAGAAUAAAAGUCUGUGAGGGCGAGAAGGUUCAUCUACAGCGAAUCGCCGAGUGGGCAGCUCUGAACGCGAAGAGACGGUCAGUGAUGACAGCAGAGGACCUGUUGGUCAUACGGGAUAAAUGCAGCGAGGUUGGAUUGGAUGAUAUGAGCACCAUUGACGAGGCCGUUCGGUGGUGGUUGUGUUUCAAAUGGAAGUAUGAAGGUCCCGCCAGGCAUGUUGACGACGUUUCACAAGACGUUUCUGUCUACCUACUGCGUGUUGUGUUCCCCAAGUCCUCUGAACGGCUCUGCUCCCUGGUGGAUACAACCACGACCCUCAACCUGCAAGGCUAUUUGUGA